GUAGCAACGUGCUCUGUGACGGUUUCCGGUGUCGAGGUGUCUCUUGUUAGCGCCGGUUGAACGUUGGGAGAAAAUGUUGUCUGUGGAUUUUCUCGAUGAUGUGCGGCGUAUGAAUAAGAGACAGCUCUAUUACCAAGUGUUAAACUUUGGCAUGAUCGUGUCUUCUGCGCUGAUGAUCUGGAAAGGACUGAUGGUAGUCACUGGCAGUGAGAGCCCUAUAGUGGUUGUCCUAAGUGGCAGCAUGGAACCAGCAUUUCACCGCGGGGACUUGCUUUUCUUGACCAAUCGCGUGGAUGAUCCUAUCAGGGUGGGUGAGAUUGUGGUCUUCAGGAUAGAGGGGCGAGAGAUACCUAUUGUGCAUCGUGUGCUGAAGAUCCAUGAGAAGGAAAAUGGAGACAUUAAAUUUUUGACCAAAGGAGACAAUAACGCAGUGGAUGACAGAGGACUGUAUAAGCAAGGGCAAAACUGGCUGGAGAAGAAGGAUGUGGUAGGACGGGCUAGGGGGUUUGUUCCCUAUAUUGGAAUAGUGACAAUCCUUAUGAAUGACUACCCCAAAUUUAAGUAUGCGGUUCUGUUCCUCUUAGGACUAUUUGUCCUUGUUCACAGAGAAUAGGGAAGUGACACUCGGUAUAAAGGGACAGUGAAGAUUUAGUACUUGUUUAAUCAUCUGUGACUUGGCGACACAAGAUCUAUGAAAGAACAGACCUCAUCUAGUGUGAAGUUUUACAUUUGGACACCAGUGUUUCUUAUAUAUGAUAUAAAUAUGUAUGUAUACAUUUCCCUUGUUACUACAGGGAAAAUAAGUAUUUAAACAUGACCCUCUCUUCCUGUCACAUUCUUUCCACCUCUGUGGCAGCAAAUGGGCCAGAAGUUCAUAUCUGUAGCACUGUUUACAGGUUUUUGUUUUUUCUUUUUUCGCUUUACAUUUUUUCUUUUCAUUUUCUACUUUCGGUGGAAUUUUUAUAUUAAAAUUUAAAGCCAAAGUUCUCAGUGUUUUUGUACUUUGAAGCCUCUGUAUAUGUAUCCUGAAGUGCCUACUUGAGGAUUGUUAAUGUGCCGUAAUCCAGAAACAUUCCAGAAUAAAUGGCGGUCUGGAUUUGUUUACUCCUGUUAA